CCGCCGCAGCGUCACUUCCGGGCGAUUUCAGAGCUUUCGCUUAUAUACAGCCGCCAGCUUCCGGUCUCCCUCCUUUUCUGCAGCGGCCGCGUUCCGUGAACAUGCCUCUCGCUAAAGACCUCCUGCACCCCUCUCCUGAGGAGGAGAAGAGGAAGCACAAGAAGAAGCGCUUAGUCCAGAGCCCCAACUCCUACUUCAUGGAUGUGAAGUGUCCAGGUUGUUACAAGAUCACCACGGUGUUCAGCCAUGCUCAAACGGUGGUACUCUGUGUGGGUUGCUCUACAGUCCUCUGCCAGCCCACAGGCGGAAAGGCACGACUCACAGAGGGUUGCUCCUUCCGGCGGAAGCAGCACUAACCCCCUUGUCGCGGAGAUGUCUGGCGAGGAGUAAGUUGUGCGCAGGAAGCUGACUGCACAUUGAAGGGCGCAGUGCGGGGGGGCCGGUUCUGGUCAUCGCUGGGGACACUGUAGCCUAUUACCCCCUGUCUGUCAAUAAACUUUGGAUACAAAUUA